AUGGUGCUGGGGGUAAUCAUGAUGGCAACUAUGUUGCCGACCAUGAUUGGUCUGAACGAGGCAACUCAGGGGAGCCGUGACCAGGAGGAGAACCGACGAACCACAGAGCGCAAACAGCGCGUUCACCUACUGGCCACCUGUUCUUUGAGCCAGGGCACUCCCGAACUGCGGCAACAGAUUCAAAAUGCCAAAGUCUAUUUUUAUAUCACCAAACACCCAUCGUCAUCUAUGGUUCCCUUUAAUGGAGGAUUCUAUCAACAUCCCGAUUUUCCUCCCAACAAUACCUCUGGCAUGGUGACCAUCACCGGAGGGGAAACCCCCCACACUCCGAUGGGUGUUCCUCGACGCCCAAACGCACGAGAUGCGUUGGGGCGGCCGCCCCGACAGUCAGGAUCACAAGGGUGGGAAGGGUGGUUGGCAGUACGAUUGUCGGAAGAUGAGGCCCGGGAUCAGUCGGAUCAGGAGCUGGGGAUCGUCGAUGGUCAAGAGCUAUGGAGGUUGUAUUUCGACCAAAAUGACGACGGGGCCAAUCUACCACCCGGUGCGCAAGGGCUAGAAAUCCAACUGAAGCGAGUCAUGGCAGAGUCAUGA